GAGGUCACGGGCCGAGAAUUGCGGCUAAUACUUUUGAGUUGAGCCCGUCUUUGAUUCGAAUGGUGCAGCAAAAGCAGUUUGGGGGAGCUGCAAUCGAGGACCCGAAUGCGCAUCUGGUGCAAUUUCUGGAGAUAUGUGGUACAGUGAAGUACAAUGGAGUCCCGGAGGACGCUAUCCGGCUUAGGCUUUUCUCUUUCUCUCUUAGAGAUAAAGCCAAGGUGUGGUACAAUUCUCUUGAGGCCGGGACAGUGACAACAUGGGAUGAGAUGCGUCAGAAAUUUCUCUUGAAGUUCUUCCCACCGAGUAAGAUGUUGAGACUUCAGACGGAGAUCACUCAAUUCAAGCAACAAGAUGGUGAGCCUUUAUACGAGGCCUGGGAGCGUUACACGCAACUCCUUCGGACGUGCCCACAGCAUGGAUUUUCGGAGGAGCACCAAAUUUGCUAUUUCUAUAAUGGAUUGAGUGGCCCGAUGAAAGCUAUGGUGGACGCCUCAGCUGGAGGUGCCCUUUUGGGAAGGCGACCGAACGACACGAAGCGAAUUCUUGAGGAGAUGGCAUCAAAUAGCUAUCAGUGGCCGGUUGAGAGGACUAUGCUCAAGAGAGUGGCGGCUACGAAUGAGGCGGACUCAGCCGCUUCGAUGGCAGCUCAAAUAGCAGCAUUGGUGAUAAACAACAUGCAAGGAGGAAAGGCUGAGAGCUUAGGAUUUGGGGAACCGGUCGAGGACGUGAAUUAUGUGAAUAAUCAGAAUUUUGGGAAUUUUCGAGGACCUCAAGCGGGGAACACUUAUUACCAAGGCAACCGGAAUCACCCCAGUUUAUCAUAUGCAAAUCCGAAUAAUGCUCUACAACCACCUCCCGGAUUUUCGGUGACCAACGGGGUCAUCAAUGAGCCGAAGAAGCCGACAAUCGAAGAUAUGUUCGCCUCGUUUAUGACUCAAACGCAACAAUUCAUGGGCGAAUCUCAGGCUAAGCACUCUACCUUGGAGAAGCAAAUGAAGUCAAUGGAACAACAAAUUGGACAGUUGGCUACAGCAGGGAUUGUGGAAGACAUAUUGGUGAAAGUCGAGGGGUUUAUCUUCCCGGCUGAUUUUGUGGUCCUUGACAUGGAGGAGGAUAAGGAGGUUCCACUAAUUUUGGGUCAUCCGUUUCUUGCAACCGGGGGAGCGUUGAUUGAUGUGAAGAAUGGCGAGCUUACUCUCCGGGUUGAUGAAGAGAGCAUCACAUUUUCCAUAUAUCUAGCGAUGAAGAAUAAUAAUGAGGAUGGUGAGAUCGAAGAAUGUAAAGUGAUUGAAGUUGUCGAGGCCUCCUUCGACAAGGACAUGAUUACUUCUUCGUCUAAAGACCCUUUUGAUCUAUGUGUUCAAAAAUCAUUAUUUUCUUCUUCUUCGUUUGAUCCUUUUCAAGAAAAAUUAUUUAAAUGU